AUCAGAAGCGAGCAUGCGCUCGCUCGCGCUCACCCGCGUCACAUGGACCCCCUCUUCGGUCAAGUGAGCCCAGCACAAGCAGAGCGACGUCGGACGAUGCGAAUAGGGAAGCCAAGAGGCCUGCCGCGAUGCCCGACGUCAGCGUCCUGCGACGCGUUAUAAACGACGGUGUCACCGCUCGGGUUCUCUCGUACGAACGUGCACCUUCCCCACCAUGUUCCUCCGUACACUUCGCGCUGCGCUCCCCUACGCGGUGCUCGGCCAGUUGGCACUUCUGUCGAGCGCGACAGUCACUGACCCCGCCGCCCUCGACGCGUGUCCUGGGUACAAAGCGAAGAACGUGUUCACGUUUGGUCCCAAGCUCACAGCGGACCUCGUCCUCGCCGGGAAGGCUUGCAAUGUCUUCGGAAACGAUAUCGAGAAGCUCAAGCUCGAGGUCACUUACGAGAACAAGGAGCGGAUUCAUGUCAAGAUCACGAAUCCGGCGGAUGCACGCUAUGAAGUGCCCGAAGCUGUCUUCCCCCGGCCACACGCCGACGUCUUCGCGUCGCCGCACAGCGCCGCGAUCCGCUUCAACUACACGGCAUCCCCGUUCUCAUUCUCCAUCUACCGUGCGUCGACGCAUGAAGUUCUCUUCUCGACCGCGUCGCACCCCAUCAUCUUCGAGCCGCAAUACCUGCGCGUGAAGACGAACCUCCCCACGGAAGCGAACAUCUACGGUCUCGGCGAGCACACCGAUAGCUUCCGCCUUCCGACGCACAACUACACGCGCACCAUGUGGUCGCGCGACGCGUACGGGGUACCCCAGGGAUCUAACCUUUACGGCAACCACCCGAUCUACUACGAGCACAGGACCACCGGUACUCAUGGUGUCUUCCUCCUGAACUCGAACGGUAUGGACAUCAAGAUCAACGACACCGAAGGUCUCGGAACGACUCUGGAGUACAACGUCAUCGGAGGUGUUCUCGACUUUUACUUCCUGGCGGGAAGCGAGAGCGAUCCCACCGAGGUGGCGCGUCAAUACGCGGACGUUGCUGGUACGCCCGCGGAGGUGCCGUAUUGGUCCUUCGGCUUCCAUCAGUGCCGGUUUGGGUACCAAAACUUCGUGGACGUCGCGGGUGUCAUCGCGAACUACUCGGCGGCCGGCAUCCCUCUUGAGACGAUGUGGACUGACAUCGACUACAUGUACAAGCGCCGCGUCUUCACUCUCGAUCCGGACUACUUCCCACUGGACAGGAUGCGCGAGAUCGUCGACUACCUUCACAAGCAUGACCAACACUUCAUUCUCAUGACUGACCCGGCUGUUGCGUAUGUGAACGAUGGGACUUACGGGCCCUUCGAUCGUGGUACCAAGGACGAUAUCUUCUUGAAGGCCGCGAACGGCAGCAGUCCGUUCUUGGGCGCAGUUUGGCCCGGUGUGACGGUCUUUCCCGAUUGGUUCAACAAGAAAACUCAGGAUUACUGGAACAACGAGUUCAAGCUGUUCUAUAACCCGGAGACUGGUCUCGACAUUGACGGCGUGUGGAUCGAUAUGAACGAACCUGCCAGCUUCUGCAAUUACCCUUGUACCGACCCCUUCGCGCAGGCUGAGGAGCAGAUCCUCCCUCCUCCGCGUACUACUCUGCCCCCGGCGCACGAUUCUCCCAUCUUCGGCGGUUCCGCGCUUCAGAAGCGCGUAGACCACAGCCACGAUGACGUUCAGAACCCGCCCUACGCCAUCGCGAACUCUGCGGGCACUGGUGCGCUCUCAGACAAGACCGCCUACACCGAUGCUGUCCACGCGAACGGGCUCAUCGAGUACGACACGCACAACUUGUACGGCACUAUGAUGUCGACGGCGACCCGCGACGCGAUGGUGUCGCGCCGCCCUGGCGAGCGCCCGCUCAUCAUCACGCGCUCGACAUUCGCGGGCGCGGGCUCGCGCGUCGGAAAGUGGCUCGGCGACAACUUGAGCGAGUGGGCUCAGCUGCGACAGUCGCUUUCCGGUAUUCUUGGCAUGGCCGGUGUAUACCACAUCCCUAUGGUCGGCGCCGAUAUCUGCGGUUUCGGCGCAAACACCACUGAGACCCUCUGCGCUCGCUGGGCGAUGGUCGGCGCGUUCUACCCCUUCAUGCGCAACCACAACGGCGAUACCUCCAUUUCCCAAGAGUUCUACCGCUGGCCCACAGUCGCCCAGGCCGCGCGCAAUGCGCUCGACGUCCGCUACCGCCUGCUCGACUACAUCUACACCGCCUUCCACACGGCGCACACGAGCGGCACGCCCGUGCUGCACCCGCUCUGGUACCAGUUCCCGAAGGACGCGAACACGUUCGCGAUCGACACGCAGUUCCUCUUUGGGGACUCUAUCCUCGUCUCGCCCGUGCUCGAGGAGAACGCGACGAGCGUGCGCGCGUACUACCCCGACGCGCCCUUUUACGACUUCCACACGCUCGCGAAGACACACGUGCAGGGCGGCGGCUUCGUCGAGCACACGGACGUGAACUUCACCUCGAUCCCGGUCUCGAUCCGCGGCGGCGUCGUGCUGCCUCUGCGCGAGACGGGCGCGCUGACUACUACGGAGCUGCGCAAGACGGACUUUGAGCUUGUCGUCGCGCCCGCGGUGGACGGGACCGCGGCGGGUUCGCUUUACCUCGAUGAUGGCAUUUCAAUCACGCCGAAGACGCAGACGAACGUCGCGUUCGCGUACAAGAAGCAGAAGCUCACCGUGAAGGGCACGUUCGGGCACGCGACGGGGGUCAACGUCGCGCGCGUGCGCUUCCUCGAUGUCGCAAGCGCACCGAAGAGCGUGAAGCUCAACGGGAAGACGGUCGCGAAGAAUGCGAUCGCGUUUGACGCGGCGUCGGGCGUUCUGGACGUCGCGCUGAAGACGCCCUUCAAGAGCGGCUUCACCGUCGAGUUCUCGUAAUCAUCUUGACAUUUUCUGGGUGGAGAGCCUCUGGACUCAUGUAUAAAGUACUUAAACACGCACGCGAUGCUUAUAUCCGCGUAAUGACAUCUGUAGCAUACCAAUGGGAAGCUGCGAUUUUCUAUACCUUGUCAUGGUGUCGUCGGU